UUUCAAGCAAGAAAUCACAUACCUACCUACCAUCAUUGAGAAAUUGCGCAUUUGAAUAAUUAUUUGUUAGAUCCUAUGCAUGGAACAAAAAGUAAUUUCCACAUCUGAAAUGAGAAAUAGUCAAAGUAUCAGGAAUCCAAAUUAAUCUAUUUCGGUAAUUUCAAUGAAUGAUUGCUUUUUAACCGACGGUAUCAUUUCGUAUCAUCUCAUUUCAAAAUCACAACGCUACGAAGUCAAUAGUCUAUUCAACUUCAAUCUUCGGUUUUCAAUUCCAUCAUUUGCCUAGGUGGUUUAUUUUGUUAUUAAAAAUCGCCACGAUGAAGAAUAAUGCAAUUAUUGUUUUUUCGUUUGUGUUUAUUUUCUGCAUGUAUUCCUGUCAGGCUGAUCUCGUUAUACCACCAAAUAUGGAAUCUGGAGUUAGAUUCGUGCAAGGGGUUAUAAAUUUUUGUACUAAUAUGCACAAAACUGACGUCGAUAGCAUUAUAAAAACGUAUCAUGAGGAAAAAGAUGACCACAAUGCUAAAUGCGCUAUUAUGUGCGUUUUACAAAGCGCCCAAGUGAUGGACCGUGAAGGAAAUAUCCAUGCUACAGAACUGCAAAGCGCAUUACGUCAAUUACCAGACGAAAUGAAGAAACUGCACCUGGAAAAAACGCUGAACGAAUGUGUAGAACAAAGUACUCGAGAUCCUUGCGAAAGAGCGUUCCUUUUUAUAAAAUGUCUUUCAAAAGUCAAGGACUCAAUUCCGGUCAAGUCGCUUCAGAAAAUGUACGAAGUACUUUCGAAACAAAAAAUGGAGUAAAUUACUCGCAAUAAUGUACAUAAAUGCUACUCGAAUCAAGACAUACGGUGAUUUUUCUAUUUAUUAAUUUCUUAUUUAAAUUUUGUAUCAAUAAAAAAUAUCUUGUAAUUUGAUUAAGUAAACGAUUAACUUCUAGUAACCCGUA